UCAUUAGAUAACACACAGCACAUAGUCCAACACAUUUCUUUCGUGAUGGUUUUGUCAGCAAAUACAAACCCAGACGAAAGCGUCAGACAAGAGUCCAAUCCAAACAGAUUUUUGGACGAAGAUUUCAUAAAAGUUGUUGAACCUUUUCUAAAACUCCAGAAAUUGUUAGGUUUAAGUCGAGUAGAUAUCAAAGAUGGAUUAGUUACUCCGCCCACAAAAUUUCACAAAUGCUAUACAAUGGUGUGGUUAAUAAUGAUGACAAUUUCUAUUUUGCAACUUAUUAUAUCAUACAAGGUCAGGUUUACUGACAAUCGCAAAAUGGUAUAUAUGUUUACCAUAGCAUUUUUGUCAAUUGAAGUAAUAUUUGCCGGAUUCUUAAUUAACGCACGUUUCUGCUAUAAUGGGGGUAAUAUAAAUUUGUACCUUCAGAUGCAGAAAAUAGAUCGUAUUAUGGGAAAGAAUAGCCCUAUCAAUAUCAUGCUUCAAAAACGAAAUCGAAUAACUGCUUACUCUUUGGCUUUAGUUUUUGCGCUCGUCUUCAUAGCCUCAUAUAUAUUAACCAGAGAUGAAUUUGGAAUUUUGGAAUUUGUCGGAGCAACGUAUACUCUAGAAAUUGUAGCAGUAGAGAUGUUUUGCUCUUCAAGUCAUAUGCGUUUUUUCUACACUAGGGUGUGUCAGCUAAAUUCUCAAAUCAACAUGCAUACCAGAGAAUCGAAAUGUGAUAUUGCAAUUUUGAGUAAUGUAUUCGAAACUGCCAAUCGACUUAUAAUAUCGACAGUAUCGCAGGAUUGUGACCCCACAGACAUUUAUCUAAAAGAGAUAUUCACGGGGUUUGUGUUAUUUAAGGAGCGAUAUAGUUUCCAGGUAAAUCUUUGA